AUGUCAAAAGAAACAGUCUUAUAUAGAAAAGAUGAGAAAUGUGGAAAGAAGAAAUUAAAUGGGAAAUGUAUGAAUACACCGAACAGUGGAGAUGAAGAUAAUAACUCAUGUCUUCUGUUUCAUAUGGCUGAUAAAGAAUUUGUAUGGUCUUUGUGGAAACGUCUUCAAGUGUCAAAUCCAGAUAUUACACAAGCUGUCAGCUUGAUUGUAGAAAGGGAAAAGCAGAAAGCUGAAGUCAAGGACAGAAAGAUACUAGAAAUUUUGCAAGUCAAAGACAGCAAAAUAGAAACUCUAGAACAGAGGCUCUCGGGACAGCAGCAGGAGAUAAACAACUUAAAACAGAGAAAGAUUGUUGCGGAUAAGGAAAAUGCCCAUUUGAAGAAUGAAUUCAGUAACUUGAACCAGAAAUUUAAAGAUAAAAGCCAAGAACUUAAGGACACUGAGGAGUGUGCACAGAAGAAGGAAGAGCAAAACAGACUGGUUAUAAAAAAUCUGGAGGAGGAAAAUAAGGGAUUGAAUACACGCUGUGCUGACCUGCUAAAUGACCUGGAGAAACUGAGGAAGCAGGAGGCACAAUGGAAAACAGAAAUAUCUGGCACUGAUGCCAAAAUAAAGAAUUUGGAAACUGAUUUAACAGAAGCGAGAGAACAAAUGAAAGAGUUGCACAGUAAAUGCCGUAACUUGUCAUCUCAGCUAGCUGUGAAGCAGGAAGAACUCUCCCAAAAGGAUUAUGAUAUGACCAGAGCAAGGAAGGACUUACAAGAGCUGCAGAAUCUUUACAGAGAAAACACUGAGCAUACGGCACAGCAGGCUGAGCUGAUCCAGCAGCUUCAGGCUCUCAAUACGGAUACACAAAAAGUUCUGAAAGAUCAAGAAGACGCUCAUACAGCCGAAACAAUGUCAUAUCAAAAACUUUAUAAUGAAUUGACUUUAUGUUUUGAAACUGUUAAAACAAGUGAAAUUCAACUGCAGCGAAGCUAUGCCUCUCUUCAGGAUCAGUUACUUGGAAAAGAUCAGAAGAUUUGUCAGUUAGAAGAGCGACUUCAGCAGGCCUGUGAUGCCUUAAAUGCAGUACAUCACAAUCCAAAACAUGAAGAACAGGUAUUUCAGUGGCCUUCUUCAAGUGACCUAGAGUGUCUUAUUGCAACACAAAAGUCUGAAAUUGAACUUUUACAGGAAAAAUUGAAAGAAGCAAAUCUUAACCUAGCAGAGCACUGUCUGCAUGGGAGAGGUAGCCUGGAAAGGACUGGAAGAAAGCGUGAGGAACCACCUGUGAAACGUUCAAGGUCUCUGUCCCCAAAGAGCUCUUUUAGAGAGUCAGAGGAGCUAAAGAAGCUUAAAGUAGCUAAAAGGAAGACUGAAAACUUAGAGAAGACACUACAGCUAAAGACACGAAAAACUGAUGAGCUAAGAGCAGCCAAUGAAAAACUCAUAGAGAGGGUGCAGAUGUUACCGACCAACUACAGAGCACUAAAAAAGCAAUUAAAGCAGUGGGAAGAGGGCGAUAGCAGGACUGAAAGCAGUAAAAGCAGAUACCAGCGUGCAGACUCCCGUCAGCUUUGUCAGGAGGAUUCUGAUGCUGUAUGGAAUGAGCUGGCUUAUUUCAAAAAGGAGCACCAAAAGCUUUUGAUUGAAAAACUGAAUCUUGAAGAAGAAUUGGAUCAAAUGAAAGUACACCAGUCUGUGGAGCUACUUCUUAAAAUUAGUGAAGAUGAUGUGGUUAAGAACAGUACUCCGAAGAAGAACGCCAAAGAAAUUUCAGAUCAGAUGUUACAGAAGGUACAUCAACUGGAAAGAAGAUUCAAAGGCGUUGGAGGGGAAUUAAAGAAACUGAAAGAAGUAAAUACAGAGUUACUGAAGGACAAAAAUGAUUUGAAAGCAUCUUUAAAAGUGCAAAAGGAAGAUGCCGACGUGAGAGAAAGAGAGCUGGAAAAGCUACGUAAGAGAAUUUGUGAAACAAAAAAAGACAAAGCAGAACUUCAGUUAGUAGUUGAUGAGCGGGAAAGAGAAAUUGCCUUUUUGAAGAGGCAAGUAGCAGAAGCUAAAAGGUUGAGAAACAAAAAUGAAGAUUUGCUGAGUCAAGUGCAGGAACUGAAGUGUUCGCUGGAUGAAGCCAAAGCACUGGCAACCUGUGGGCAAUGUAAUUGCAAGAUAACAGGCACCAAGGUUAAAUUAAAAACAGCCAAGAAAAAAAGCUCUUUGGGACAUCAUGGAGCUUUUCUCAAACAGUCCAUCAAGGUUAUGAGUAAUGUAUUUGAGAACUUCAGUAAGGACGGCUGGGAGGAUGUGAGUGAAGGCAGUGACUCUGAAAUACCAGCUUCUGAAUGUUUGGGAACAGUGAUUAUGGAAACAAUGGAAAACAUUGAUCCACUGGCAGACAGAGGUAAACAGCAGGAAAAAAAGCAAAUACAAGUAAAUCAAAUGCCUUGCAACAUGGCUCAUUUAAAAGGCAAAAGCCAGCUGUAUGAUAAAAAGGGCCAGUCACAAAAUAAGGACCUAGAAAAGUUGCAUUCCAAAAGGAAGAAGAUCUACUGUAUCAUAGCAGCUCAGCCAUCAGGUCUAAACAAAGUGAACAGAGAAAGGAGGAAAAAUGUCGUAGUCCGGAAACCAGGCUAUUCUGUAUCUUCUGGAAAAGGAUUUAAAGAAGCCAAUGAAAACCUAACAGCUCAGCUACAUUUGGCUGAUCAAAGACUUCAAACUAGUAAACAGACCAUACAGGCAUUGACCUCUGACUUGGCCAAGUGGCAACAAGAGAAGGAAGAUUUACAAGGAAAAGUGAAGUUGAGAGAACAUCUGUCUCAAACUGCCAGCAAGAAUGAAGCAACACCAGCUCCCUCAAAGAACAUAGAUUUAGAGAUGAAACAGCUGCAGUGCAAACUGAAGAAUUCGAAUAAUGAAAUCACGAAACAAUCAACCACCAUUAAGUCCCUGAAAAAUGAAGUCCAGGAAAAAGAAGAACAAAUACAAGAACUACAAGUAAAGAUUUCUCGAAUGGAGAGAGACCUUCAUAUGAAAAGACAUUUGAUAGAAGACUUGAGGUGUCGGCAAAAAGCAAAUCAAGAAAAUGAGAAAACCUAUAAUGAAACAUUACAAGGUCUUGAAAGAAAGGUAAAAGCACUGACUGAAGACUGUUCAAGCAAAAAAACUUCAAUUGACUCACUGAAACAAAGGCUUAAUGUAGUUACCAAAGAAAAGUCUCAGUAUGAGCAGUUGUAUCACAAGACUAAGGAUGAGCUGGAGAAAAAGCAUCUCAAACUCACCAAUCUAGAGAGCAAAAUGAUUGAUACUGAAUGUGCCAUGACUGCACUUGAAACUACUGCAUCCCAACAGCUCCAUGGCUUGGCAAAACAAAGUGGGCAAGCUUUGGAAACUGUACAAAAGAGGCUGCUGCUUGCCAAUGACAAAGUAGAAGAGUUCAUGAAGUUUGUGAAGGCUCUAACCAGAGAGUUACAGCACAGCAUACAAGAGCUGAGAACAAAAAUCAAACAGGAAAAAAGAAUGGGAGAAGUGAGAACACGCAAAAAAGGUCUUUCCCAAGAGUGCGUUCAGCGAGCCCAGUCCUUGGCAGCAUCUAUCCUUAAUGUUUCAAAAACUGAUCUUGAGGAGAUACUAGAAGUAGAAGAUGAUGAGGAAACAGCAAAGACAAAGAUGGAAUCUGAAAAAGAUAAAGAAUGGCUGCACUAUAUACAGAAGCUUCUUGAAGCACAGUUUCCUUUUGCCUCAUAUUUAAUGGAUGCCAUUCUGGAAAAAUUAAAUGAGAAGAAGAAACUGGUAGAAGAGUAUAGUUCUCUUAUGAAGCACGCUGCAUGAUAUUGCCAAGACGUAUGUUUGCAAAGUGUAACUAAAAUAAGUGUGCUGUUUCCUGAUUUCUUUCCUCUUCACAUAAAGAACUAUCAGUAGGCAUGUUCAAUACAUAAGUAGAAACUGUGAACCAAUUAAUUGUUGAACAAGAGGAAU